GUAAAUUCGUCUUAAACCUAUCACGUGGUGCUUUUUUAUCUACAGCCGGUGGAGCUGCUCGUGGUGUUAUCAGUGCACGUGAACCACGACUGUCAUAUUCUUAUUUGUCCCAUUCAAAAAUCACACUAGAUAUAAGCUUUAACGUAGCUCCACAACUACUGGGGAUUUCGCGCUGGCAAAUAACACAGUUUAAGAGGCUCCAGUCGUCCCAGCAUCUCGCUACGAUCGCCACGCUCCUGUUGCCAUUUCCAUACGAGAUGACUCUGCAGGCUAUCAAGUGGGAAAACGGCAAGCUCGAAAUCCUCGAUCAAAUACUUUUGCCAACUAUCUCCAAGUACGUGGUCGUUAAGGGUGUCGAGGAUGGUUGGAAAGUCAUUAACAAGAUGCAGGUGCGUGGUGCGCCAGCGAUUGCCAUUGUUGGUUGUCUUAGUUUGGCAGUGGAAAUCCAAAAUGAGGAGUUUGCUGACAAGAAAAGUCUUCGUCAAGAAGUGGAGGGCAAGCUGAACUAUUUGGUCUCAGCACGACCGACAGCUGUGAAUAUUAAAAUAGCAGCAGAGGAACUGAUUACCCUAGCCAAUAAACUUAGCAACGAUGAAGAUAUUCCAGCUGCUGACAUGAAAACGAAGUUUUUAAAGGCAAUAGAUGAUAUGCUAGAAAAGGAUAUUGCCGAUAACCAAGCAAUCGGUGAUUAUGGCGCUCAAGAAAUUUUGAAAAACAGUGCUGGAGAUGGUCUAGUUAGGAUAGUAACUCAUUGUAACACGGGGAGCCUUGCUACUGCUGGAUAUGGUACAGCAUUAGGUGUCAUUAGAUCUCUUCACAAACAAAAGAAAUUAGAACACGUUUACUGUACUGAGACCAGGCCCUAUAAUCAAGGUGCACGUCUUACUGCUUACGAAUUAGUUUAUGACAAAAUCCCAGGAACGUUAAUUUGUGACGACAUGGUAGCGGCAUUAAUUAAAACACGAAACAUUUCAGCCAUCAUUGUUGGAGCUGAUAGAGUAGUUGCCAAUGGUGACACUGCCAACAAAAUUGGAACGUAUCAGAUUGCAGUCAUUGCAAAAUAUCACGGUGUCCCUUUCUAUGUCGCCGCUCCUAGAACAUCCAUCGAUUUCACUAUUCCGAGCGGUGAUCGCAUCACUAUUGAGGAGAGACCUGAUAGAGAGAUGACCCACAUCAACGACCAACGAAUAGCUGCGACCGGAAUCCAAUGUUGGAAUCCAGCCUUCGACGUGACACCGGCUAGUCUUAUUACGGGUAUAAUUACGGAGGUUGGGGUUUAUAAACCAGGCGAUUUGUCGAAAUUUAAUAUAGAAGACAAUUCGAAAGACGCGAAAAAUAGAGAUCUUUCCGAAAAUUCCAGUGCCAAAUAAGUUUAAGACUGAAAUUCAAAUUGCAGAUGCAUUUUCAAAUAUCUAUUCCUUUACUUUAGUGUAGUGUCGUAAUGGUCGCUACUACUAUUUAUCGGUGGUCUUCGCGAUGUUAAUUACGUUUUUCUAAAACUGUUCCAUGAUUUUAUAAUUAUUCCAAGUACCUUUGUAACUAUCUUUAUGCAAGACGUAACGUUAAUUUCAGUAUUACGAUUUUCAAAUCAGAUUCUGCAAUUCGUAUAUUAUUGUAUUCAUAUUUGGAUUCCGUCUUUUAGUGCGGUGGUGAAAUAUGUUGCAUUUCUGUACUGUACCGUAUUAUCUUAAAGACCGUUCUUGUCAGCAUCGCGAAACUCGCUCUAACAACACUAUUAAAAUCGAACUAAAUCAUAAUAGUACGCAUCGCACAAAUGAACGUUUGACACUUCUACAUCUGGCUUUAUGCCUUAUAAAAUGAUGUCGAUUUUAUUACAGAGUUGGUCAAAUGAUAUCGGAUCGUAAACUUUUAAUUUAUAUAAAAAAAUACCCUGUAAUGCCUUAUACAAUUUUUAUCGUGAUUCUUGCCAGCGCAUUUUACGAUUCUAAGCGAAGACGCCUUAUUACGUAACAAUUGUUUAACCUUAGAAGCGAUAAUUGUUGCUCAGCCCGGGAAUCGCCAAGAUAGUGUUGUUUUCGCGUUUCCAUCAUUGAAUGAAAAUUCAUGAAAAUUCUCGCAAGAGAUCUUCGAAACUAGAAUUUCUUACAUCAAUUGAGUGAAUGUAUGCAAAACAGAAGUACAAACUAUCAAGGAUAUAUCAAUAGCGGAUACGUAUUUCAACCAAUAUUCGUACAUACACUCAAAUGUAGUAAUAAUUUCUCAUCUGUAAAACGUAUCAACGAGAGUAAAGAAUGAAACAAGGAAUGUGUACAGAGGUAUAAAUUCUAAAAUGAAAUAGUAAACGAUUCAACUGUAUAUUAAAUACCUCUGUGUACAGUAACGAAGUACUUGGUUUUGAUAAGGAAUCCAGUGCGCUUGUAUACUUUGUUAAAUGUUAUAUUUUUCUAAUUGCUUACUAAUUGCUUAGGAGUGCUUAAGCUAAUAGUGUCAUUAAGAAUAAAUGAUUGUAGCACCAAUGAAAAAUUA